AUGGCGCUGUGUGAAAAAUCCAUCAACCACACCUUUUGUCUCAACUUCCUGAACUCGACUGCCGGGAUACCGGCGGCGGAUCUCCUCGGCGCCGGCAAAAUCACGCUCAACGCCAGCCUUCACGAAGCCAAAGACACCCGAAACUACGUGAAAACACUGGUGGGGCAAACAACAAUCGAUCCGAAGCUGAAGCAGAGCUACGAGACGUGCCUGGACAACUACGACGUCGCCAUUGGAGCCAUUGCAGAAGCGAAAGCUUCGUUGCUCAGCGGAGAUUACGAGACGGCGAAUAUCGAGAUUUCGGCGGCGCAGACUGAUUCGGAUACGUGUAAUGACGAGGUGAAAGGGGCGGCGGCCGAACUGGUUGAGAGGAAUGACUACUUGUUUAAUGUUCUCGAUGUCGCUCUGGUGAUAACUAAUAAGUUGGCCGGUUGA